AUGAACUCCUUGAAUUUCUGCGGGGCGUCCGGUGCUGGUGCUGGUGCUGGUGGAGGAGUGUAUCCCCUCCACGGCGUUAACUCCAUGCUGUUCGACCUGCGCCACCAGAUGGCAGAGCAGUACCACGCUUACCCUGCAGCAGGCCCGGCGGUGCACACGCUGUCUGUGGCGGAGAGGCUGGCAGAGCUCAUCCUGGAGGCUCGCUACGGCAACCAGCAGAAGCAGCGCCGCAGCCGGACUGCGUUCACGGUGUCGCAGCUGCAGGCUCUGGAGAAGGCCUUCCAGCAGACGCAGUACCCAGAUGUGGGCAUGAGGGAGAGGCUGGCGGUGUGCAUCAACCUGCCGGAGGCUCGCAUUCAGGUGUGGUUCAAGAACAGGAGGGCAAAGUUUCGUAAAGGCCAGAGAUGCUCUCCUCUCUCCAAAGACCACAGUCUGGAAGAAGCUCCGUAUCACAGAAAGACAGGACAGGAGGAAGCGAGGACUGUCGACAAACAGGACGUCGUCACAUCCCGCGCUGACGGCAGCAUACCUCCUCUUCCUCUUCCUCCUCCCCCUCACGUGACCAAAAGCAGGGAUUCGGACUUUGACGCCUCACGGUGCCCCCUCAGACUCCACUCUCCUCCGCUCUUCCCCUUCAUGGCGGGGGAGCGUUACCCGCCUCGCCAGCCGCUCGUUGGAGUGCUGUCCACGGAGCUCGCCCUCCCUCCGGUGUUCUGGCCCAUCAUACAGCAGCACAGCUCCGCCUUGGGGGUUCCGCCGUCAUCUGUCACCAAAAACUGUAGCCUCUCCAUUCAGACUGCUUGCUCCGGUAAAGCAGUGCGCCACCCUCACCUGGGGCUGUAACCGAUGUGGACGUAUGAACCCGGCACAUACACCUCUGCUCCUCCUGAAGGAAGAAACCUGACAACAGACAACAAACACAAUAUUACUCUGUGGGAUCUAUCU